AUGCCAUUUUUGGGUCAAGACUGGCGUUCUCCAGGCUGGACCUGGAUAAAAACUGAAGAUGGGUGGAAAAGAUGGGAGUUUUGUGGAGAUGAUCUUGAGGAAAACGACAACAUUAAUCUCCAGCUAUUAAAUCUAGAUGAUCAGGAACCUUACACACCUGAAAAUUGUGCAUUCUCUGCUAACAAAACGGAAAAGGAGGAAUUUAACAACGUUGCAAAGACACAGUAUUUUUAUCGCGAUAAGUGGAUUUAUGUUCAGAAAGGGAGUACACGAGAAAGACAUGGCUAUUGCACCUUGGGUGAAGCAUUUAAUCGUUUAGACUUUUCAAGUGCAAUUCAGGAUAUCCGAAAAUGUAAUUACGUUGUCAGACUCCUCCAGCUGAUAGCAAAGUCUCAGCUUACAUCACUAAGUGGUGCAGCACAGAAGAAUUAUUUCAAUGUUUUGGAAAAAAUUGUCAAAAAAGUGGUAAAAGAUCAGUACAAUCCACGUUUAAUACGAGAGCUUCUUCUUCAUGACCUAAGUGCCACACUCUGCAUGCUACUGGAGAGAUUUAUAUUGGUAGGAAAUGUCAAUAUCUGGAUUUGUCGCUUAGAGGCUAUCCUUUCUUGGCAGGAGCAACUGAUGAGUCUGCAGAUCAAUCCGCAACUUGGCAACGGCCUUAACUUCUGUGAUAUGCCAUUGCACAUGCAAAACAACAUUUUCCACAGGUUUUCAGAUGCCUGGGACAUCAUCAACCUUGGCCAGCUGAAUAAAACUUUGCAUGUUCUAAGUGAAGACAGUCAUCUCUGGAAAACACUGUGCAAGUAUCACUUUACUGAGAAAAUGUUUCACCAGCACUUGAUCUUGACUGAAAAUGGUCUUGUUGACUGGAAACAGAUGUUCUUCAGACUCCAAAAGUUUUAUCCAAAAAGGGAAGAAUAUGGAGAUACACUACACUUAUGUCGUCACUGCAGCAUUCUGUUUUGGAAGGACUGUCAGCUAGCGCUUAUAUUUAAGGACUCUGGACAUCCUUGCACGGCUAAUGAUCCCAGUAGCUGUCUUACGCCGGUCUCUCCACAGCACUUCAUCGACCUUUUCCAGUUCUGA